AUGAAAAUUAUUUUUAUUUCUAUAAUAAUUUUGAUAUUAGGAAUAAAAAAUGUGAGAGCAUGUUUCAGUUUGGGCAAUUGUCCUAAAUUAGGUGAAAGUUGCGAAGGUUCAUGUGCUCCAGGUUUAGAUUGUUUUAAUGGCAAAUGCCAAUCAAUGACUCUCUGUGAUCCCAAUUUACCAAUUACUCAAGAUACCUGUACAGGUUCCUUUUUAUGCACAAAGAUAAAUGACACUAUUGGUGUUUGUUUACAAUAUGUAUCACAAAAAUUAGAUGGAACUGUCCCAUGCAGUAGACCAGCCAACUGUGCUUCAAACCGAUGUGAAAAUUCAAAAUGCAUGCCACCUCCAUCAAAUACGUGCAGAAAUGAGGAUAGCUGUGAUUCAGAUUCCAUUUGUACAUCAAUCUAUAACGGGGGGACCGUGACUACUACUUGUAUAAAAAGAAGUGAUUUGGGACCUUGUGCAUUCCCAAAUGAAUGUUCUAGUGGAGUUUAUGUUAAUGGUAAUUGUGCCCCAAUUUACUCUGGAAAAGAAAAUGAUACUUGUUCUUUUACAACCCAAUUAUUUCCAUUAACUAAUCCGUGCAAUGUUGGUUUAACAUGUAUGGAUGGUAAAUGUGUUAAAUAUGAAGAAAAAGCAUGUAUCAAUAUAUUUGCAACAAUAUAG